UUUACGAGCCAGCACAACGCGCGCAAAGUGUCGAAGCUGACCGGCGCGCGCAAGCGCCGCGCCCUGUUCAAGGAGUCUGGGCAGCCGCCAAAGAGACGCCGCACCGCGGCGGGGCCGGACGACCACUAUGGCCGCGACGCCCAGGGCCCUCAGGGCGAGAGCGAGGGCGAGGACGAGCCGCAGCCACUCCCAGAGGUUGAGGACAUGGCCGUGUUGGAGGCGAAGAUCCGCGCCCACCUGGAUGCCAUUGAAAAGAGUAGAGAGAGGAUCGAAGAGAUCAUGAAGAUCGCCCAAAACUCUUGGGAGUGGCUCACCGAGCGCCGCUUGCGCCUCACCGCGUCGAACUUCGGCCCGGUCUGUCGUCGGUCUAAGCUCUUGUCGGUGAAGAUACUGGUACACCACCUCCUGUACACCGACCCGACCAACAAGACCAAGGCCAUGGAGCACGGGUCGGCGACAGAGCGGACCGCGAGGGAGCACUACGAGGCCAAGCACGGAGUGACGGUGCGAACUUGUGGCCUUGUGCUAGACCAGGAGUAUCCGUUUUUGGCAGCAAGUCCAGACGGAUUUUUAGAUGAUGACACGCUUCUUGAGAUAAAAUGCCCCACAAGCGGCGUCCACUUUGACUCCGCAGAGGAAGCGGUCAGAUGUAAAAAGCUGGAUUAUCUCAAGUUGGAUGGCAAUGGUGCCCUCUACCCGUACGAGCGGUCUGACUACAACUUCCAGAUCCAGGGACAGCUCCACAUUACAGGACGCAGCAAGUGUGUCCUGUAUAUCUAUCAGGAACAUGUAGAUGAGGCCACAGGCGUUGCGUCCAAGAAGUGGGACAAAGAGAUCUUAAUUACGCGUAAUGACAAGUUUUGGGCAGAGGAUAUGGAGCCUCACCUAGUGCAGUUUUACAAGCAGGCACUAGUCCCCGAACUAGUAUGCCCUCGGGCAAACUCCAGCAAGGCCUCUAGGGACAAAAUUCGGGAGGCGCCGUAUGUCCUAGAGGCCAUUGCCGCAAGAAAAGCCCUGUUAGAGGAGCAGGCGCUCGCCAGGCAAAACAAAGAAGGAAAGUCAUCACAAACCAAAGCAACGGCGAGGAAAAAAUAAACAACAAAUGUGCCAAUUUUUUGUUGUAGGUUUUCGUGCUUUUGUAAAUGUUUACUAGUCACACAGCCAUUAUUAUAUAUCCAUUCUCAACAAUG